GCAGUAUGUCAUCGUUCACUCUUUCCUCACCUGAUCUGCAUCCGAUGGUCACCACUGCAAGGUCCACUGAGGGUAGCUCAAUGAAUACGGGGACUCUUUGUGACACGAAUGAGCCUAUGGAGGAGGUCUUCCGAAUCCGACCAGCGGAUAGGGAUAAUAUCAACCUCGCUGACUUCGAGUCCUUGGCGGAGAUGCUAUGGUCUCCUCAGCUCAUUAUAGAACUCGAUGCGGCCAAGCUGAGCCACUUGGAUAUCCUCAGACUAACCAGAAGUUGGACUACGUUGGCACUAAGAACGGGUCUCUCGGCCCGUCAAGUGAACCUCACGUCCCUCGGGGCGAGCCUCUCGAAUCUCCACCAAGUGGAGGCCCUGCGUAGGGUGUUCGAUGAGACCGCUGCUGCUGACUCGCGACGAGCUGAUCCGCCGCAAGUCAUUUGCCACACUAUCUUCAUAGCAUUUCCCGGUAUCGACCAAGUCACCAACGAGGUGGCCUCACAUUGUCUCCGCAUGGCCAAUGUAGUUGUCUUGCCUGCCAAAGACGGCUCACUCGUGACCAUCUCGAAGCCGACUCUGCGAAACCUUCAGGACAUCCCUCUGUCAAUUCGUAACACAGUCAUUGGAACCAUGAAGGGAGCCGAUCCAACUGUGGUCCCACAAGCCGAAGCCUCGACCGCUGGAGGCUUUAUACAAUGCGACUCUUGCGGGAAGAUGCGUUUGGUUGAUCGAAUCGCCUUGGCGGUCUCGCAGAAACUGCGGAGGUUCGAUUGCGGUAUGUUGGAGAAUACUCGGUGCAUGCAAGCAGAUGAGUGGAGGCCACAGUAUAGUCCCUUCGCGGGUGCCGAUGGAGUCCCUCCUGGAGCCGCCCAGAGAGUUGACUACACCAUCAAAGAGACUAAGCCAAAGACAAACAGCCUUUGUCAAGGCAUGGACCAAACGUUCUAA